GGCAGGAAAUUGCUGCAGUUUUCCUCCAUUUAUGGUUGGAUACAGAUUUACUCGUAACCCCUGCUUAAUAAAGUAUUCCCUUUUUUUUUUUUUUUUAUCUAGUUGAAUUGCUUUAAAUCGUGUGAUUUAGGGAAAAUACACUACUACAAAAAAGGAUCAAGCAUACAUAAUAAAUGUCGGGGGUGAAGGCUUGUCCCUCCCAUUUCUUCAGUUGAGUCCAGUCGAAUCUCAAAGUUUGGUCUCCAGAACCUCCUCUGACAAGUUACCCUGCUUUCCUGUGAGAAUAGGCAGCCGCCGUCACAGAGGAGCCGAGGGAGUUCAGGAGAUCAGAGGCAAAGCAGCAGUUGCCUCUCUUGUGGGAAACCAGAUGACCCUCUUCAAAGUGAUAAUGUAAACAGCUAGCAACUGCUGGAACCGUGGGAGUUUGAAGUAAAACCCGAGGAAUUCUCCUGCAGGAUAAUUUUAAAAACGAACAACACCAUCCCAGAGGACGAGUAGGAGGCUGCGCAGCGAAAGACAUGAGCCUGGUGGAGGUGAGGCAGACGGCGGGGUCUCUCACCCUGGCCCUGUCUAACAACAACGACCCCAAGGAGCGCUACUUCGACCGCGCGAACGAGAGCGACCCCGAGUACCUGCGCGGCAAGAACAUGUCGCCGGACCUGAGGCAGGACUUCAACAUGAUGGAGCAGAAGAAGAGGGUCACCCAGAUCUUGCAGAGUCCAGUGUUUAAAGACGAGUUGGAAGGCCUGAUUGAGGAUCAGAUGACCAAGGGCAACAACCCUACAGGUCUUCUGGCUCUGAGACAGAUUGCGGACCUGGUCAUGGCCAGCACCUUGGGAGGGGCCGGCCCUCUGACUUCGCCCAUCAGCAUUGGGAUGGUGACUCCAGUCAAUGACUUGUUUGGCAUUGAGUCUCCCUCCUUUGCCAAAGGGGAGAAACAGAGUCGCUGCAGGCUGGCCAGCCUCUACAGGCUUGUUGACCUCUUCAGCUGGGCUCGUUUUACAAGCUCCUACAAUACUGUGCGUGUCACUAAAGAGCAGGAUCAUGUUCUUAUCAGUCCACGAGGUCUGUCUUUCGCUGAGGUGACGGCAGCAAAUUUGGUGAAAGUAAACAUAGUCGGUGGGGUGGUGGACCAGGGUUCUACUGAUCUGAGCAUCGACCACUUUGGGUUCGCUCCUCAUGCUGCCAUUUACUCCAUGCGCCCCGACGUGAGAUGCAUCGUUCACAUACAUACCCCCGCCACAGCUGCUGUGUCCUCGAUGAAAUGUGGAAUCCUGCCCAUUUCCCAGGAGGCUUUGCUUCUGGGAGACGUGAGCUGCUUUGGUUACCACGGCAGCCUGGAUAAUAAAGAGGAGAAGGUGGAGUUUCAGAAAGCUCUGGGCCCGAGUGCCAAGGUGAUGAUCCUGAGGAACCAUGGGCUGCUCGCUUUGGGAGAAACCGUAGAAGAGGCUUUUCACUACGUGUACCACUCACAGCAAGCGUGUGAAAUCCAGGUGAAUGCUUUGGGGUGUUCCGGCAGCGUGGACAACCUGGUGCUCCUGGACAGAGAGAAGUUUAAACCCCUGACCCAGGGAGUGGCCGCUGCCGGGUUGGUGAUGGACAACGAGGUCAAGUGGAAAGUGGGCGAGGCCGAGCUCGAGUCUCUCAUGAGGAUGCUGGACAACCUGGGAUACAGAACAGGCUACUCUUAUAGGAACCCCAUUGUGCGUGAAAAACCCCGCUCUAAGAACGACGUGGAGAUCCCCGCCACGGUGUCGGCUGUGUCAGCGGAGGACAGUGAGAUGGGUCUGCGAAGCCCCUUGAAGUUUAUGGCGCAGAAACAGCAAAGAGAAAGGACCCGGUGGCUCAACUCGCCCAACAGCUACUUGAGGGUCAAUGUUCCUGAACAUUCACCCAGCGGGGAUGUCAGCCCCAGGACCAAGACCAUGUGGAUGAAGUCUUCAGAGCCAGGCAAUAACAUCGGCACACCAAUAAAGAUCGAGGACCCCAACCAGUUUGUCCCACUCAACACUAAUCCCACAGAGGUUUUGGAUAAGAGCAACAGGAUAAAAGAACAGCACAGAGGUUACCUGAUGACUGCCGGACCAAAAUCUCAGUUACUCUCAGGCAUUGUUGUGGACACCAUUAAAGGCCCAGCUUUCAUCGUUGAGGACGAGGAGCAGACUCGCUCUCUUCCCCCCAACCCCUUCAAUGAGCUCACGGAGAGAGUGCUGGAGGAAUACAAGAGCCUGGUAGAACGAAAGCAGCAAGGCCAAGAAGAAGAUGAUGAUGAUGCCACUGAUGCAGAGGAGAUGACCACAUUUGAUGGCUCUACUAUCUCCCUCUCCCUCUCUCCCAUAAUGACGCCAGCUAAACACGACACGAUACCCAAUGGGAAAGACCACUUGGAAGAGACGGACGAGGAUCUGAGCAUUGAGGUAUCCAAGCUGAGCUUGAGCACUUCAGAAACGGUGGAAAUCUCUAUUACGUCUAAUGAGAAGACGGAGGAGGCUCAGACCAAGUCCCCCAAGAAGAAGAAGAAUAAGUUCCGCACACCUUCAUUCAUGAAGAAAAGCAAGAAAAAGAAGGAUGAGAAAGAAAAAACAGAGGCCUGAGGUCAUUUACUGUAAAAAACAAUUAGUGUUUUGCUAUGAAAACGUCUGAAUUGCCUUCUUAAUUUCAGUCUUGUUGAAGGGAAAUGAAAUACAGAAAGUCUCCCAGGACUGGGUUGUUUUUUUAAACAUUCACAGCUAUUAUUUCGUGUGAAAGUUUUUCCGAGACGUGCCGGCAAAAGGUAAUACGAAAGUUUUUUACCCACGACAAUUUGUGAUCGACCGCUCCCGAAGGGCUCAGUAUAAUCAAAUCGAAUGAAAAGCGAACGCAAACAUGCUUAUCUGUGGUUAUUACCCAUAUUUUAAUGGGAUUUAAAAUGGAUAUCAAAACAGUUACAUUCUUGUGAUUUUUUCUCUCUUUUGCACAGGUUCAUCGUUGAAUGUAUACUGAAAGCUAAGAAGAUUGUCUUUAUAAUUCUUAAAUUGAACAAUCACACUAGUUGUGUGUAACAGUGGCUGAACAUACUAGGACUAUACAACUGUCAGCCUAAUAAGAAGUACGAUUUGUAUCUGAACGUAUUCAUAGUUAUACUAUCUUGUAAUAAUAUAUGUUGGUUUGUAUUUUAGCUAUUACAAUAUAGUGUUUGAUAGUUAAAUAAAUGAUUUGAUAGUCUUUAUAUACUAACUCUUAUACUAAACAUGCUGUGAUGGAUAAUUCAGUAAUAACUCACAACGUUUUUACAUUUUUGUCAGUGGUAUUGUUCCCAUGGUUGCUGCUUUAUUGUAAUUGUGACGAGGAAUUGACUGUGACCAACAGAAGGAGCCCUGCAAAGUGAGGAUUCUCGCAUAUUGAUGUUUAUGAGUGACUUCUACAGAAAUGACAGAAAAUCUCUGCUCGUCUGGACGAUGAAAGUGUCAGGCCUGAAUCACAGAGAGUUGACUGAUCGAUGUUUUGACUAAUUGUGUCAGUUGAUGGCAAUAUGCUGUGGAGAGCUCGUCUUCAUAGCCGCUGUUAGAGUUUGAUAUAAAGUAUAUUAGACAUCCCAGUCAAUAAUGUGAAUGAUUUGUUUUGACCCAAAGGGAGUGAAGUCUUUGCCUUUGUAAAUAGUUUUGUUUGUGUGUGAACUUCUUUUGUUACGCUAAACCAAAUGUUCAACAGUGAAACAUAGAAAUGUGACAGUACAAUCUAAUAACUAUAUUUUAUCAUUGUAUUACUCUUUGUAAUUUGUGUGCCUAGUGCUUGUAUCUCCCUGCAUUGUGUACAUUGCUCUUUGUGCCGCCUGGUUCUUCUCCAUGGUGAAACAUCACCGUCACCUUCCCUCAGAGUCAGUCCUUUGAAAAUGGCCUUCUACCGAUGUAAUAAAAGCUCAGAUAUGUUUCUUUAACUGUUUUAUUGCUCUCUUGCUAAUUGACUAAAAAGUAUGUGACGUUAUCCUUCCUUAUCUUAUUCCCAAAUACAGUUGUAUAGUUUUUUUUUUUUUAUGUUGUUGGAUACUUUUGCAUUUAUUUCAGUCUGGUGUGAAACUCAAGCUAAAUAUCUAGACUACAACACCUCAAGUACAAAAUAAAGCUUUGUAGAAAAUGUA